AUGAAACAUAUUAAGAUAACUACUGAUAAGUUGAUCACGGAAUUGUUGGAAGAUGGGAUAGCGGUUAAGCUCAAUGCUGAGAAAGAAGUGUUGAAUUCAGAAAUCUUAAGACACUCGUUGGUGGUUAAGGUGUUGGGAGAUAGAGUUUCUUUUCCGCUGUGUAGCAUGGAACUGAGGAAGCAGUGGAGAAAAUUUGGUAACUUCCACAUGACGUCGAUUGGUCUAAAUUGGAUUCUUUGUUCUUUCAAAUCUUUGGAAGCAAUGGAUGAAGUCCUUAGCGGUGGCCCAUGGUUUGUUGGUGGUUACAUUGUGGGAAUGGACAAGUGGUCUCCUCACUUUGAUCCCAAAUCUUUUAAGGGAAUUUCGGCUCCUAUUUGGAUUCGGUUGCCCUGCUUACCUUUAUAUUGUUGGGAUGAGGAGAACAUUAUUCGUAUUGCUUCGAGAGUUGGCGUCCCUAUGAUAUUGGAUGGAAAUUCCUUUAAAUGGGGGAAACGUGAAUUUGCCCGGGUAUGUGUUUGUUUGAAUAUGGAAAACAGUUUACCUCAUGGUAUAUGGGUGGAUAAAAUAGCUGGACGAUUUUUUCAGAAAAUAGAGUAUGAGAAGAUUGAUUCAAUUUGCUAUCAGUGUGGAAAGGUAGGACAUGAUAGUAAGAUUUGUCCUGAUAUUGUGAGAAAGAAGACUGCUGAACAAGAUGGUAACAGGGCAGAGGUUGGGAAAAAUAAGGAAGGUAUGAUGGAAUCGAGAGGUGAAGAUGGAGAUUAUGGACCUUGGAUACAUGUAAAAUUUAAAAAUAGAAGAAUAAGGAAUGGUAAUUUGACCAUGGCUGGAAGGAAUGGCAAGAAUAAUGCUGUAUCAAUGUUACAGACUGAAACAGGACAAAUUUCUGAUAAGGAAAUUCUUCCUAGAAGGGGGGCAAGGAAAAAAGAGGCCUCCUUGUAUCUUAAAGAAAUUGUUAGAGAUCAUGAAGUUAGUUUUGUUGGUUUAAUGGAAACCAAAUUGUCUAGUUUUAAUAGAAGUGAUGCUGACUUCUUUAUUGGGAAGGAUUGGGACUUCUUUCAUUAUCCAGCUAAUGGUUUGGCUGGUGUCUAUGGUAGUAGGAGUCAUAAUGAAAGAAGUGGCCUAUGGAACCUGUUGGAAUCUUGCUUUAAGGAUUCGGGUCCUGCUAUUGUGGGAGGAGAUUUUAAUUGUAUAUUAAACAAAGAGGAGAAGAAGGGAGGAAAGCGGUUCUUAUUAUCCAAAGGUGCAAGGGAGAUGAGGGAGUUUUUGACUAAUCUUGACUUUCAUGUUGCAAGCUUUGUUGGACCAAGUUUUACUUGGUGUAACAAUAAGGAAGGUUCCUCCAGAAUUUGGGAGAGGCUUGAUCGUUGUCUGCUCAAUUCUGCUGUUUUGCAUUUGGUACCAUUUGUGAAAGUUUAG